ACAAUUAUUGAUGUUCUACAGCCGGAAAGUCUUGGGACACUUUAGCUGUCUGGAAAUAGCUAGGUAUGGUUGUUCCUCAGGUGAAGUAACCUUGGCUUGGAAUUAAAAAGCAAUAACCAGGAAACAGUAGACCUUUCUGGGUAGAUGAUUUUAGAAGGGUCGAGAUAAUGUAUUAAACUUCUGACCGUUCAUGUAAUGAGGUUUAGAGAAUGCCUCUGAAAGAUCCAUGCCAGAAACAAGCUUGUGAAAUUCAGAAAUGUUUACAAGCAAACAAAUAUAUCGAGAGCCGCUGCGCCGAUGUGAUCCAGGCAAUGCGCAAGUGUUGCGCAGCACACCUUGGAGAGAAUUCGGUCUGUUGCUCGGGAUUCGUCAAAGAGCAGGCAGCCGCUGAGCAGAAGACAUGAUGAUCUAUAGACUGCACAUUUCUGGAUCAUUGUCACUGUCUGUCUGUCAACUGCAGGGUAGCUGUCACGACACCGCUAUGGGUGAAACAAUUGGUUUAUUUGGUUGAACCGGCAACAUUUCAUCAAUGUGUUAUUUUUCCUUGCUUCAUUGAGAGAAAUAAAACAGAAUUACAACUUAAAA